ACACAAAAAUAACGUUUUGUAUUAGGAUCCAACAUAUAGUAAAAAUUCACACACUUAUACAAAAUCAAUAUUCAAAUGUCCAAUUUAGAAUUCCAAAAAUAAAGUUAGGUGAAGAGGGAAACCAUAAAAUAACCAUAUAUCGCAAACUAAAAGGAAAAACGAUAAUGUGUGACCUCCAAUCUUAUAAUCUUACAACGGGUCAAUCCAACGAGUGUGUGAGACCCAUUUUUCUAACCGAAUCAGGGUCAACUAGCGGAUCAACCCAUUUGUUGACAACAUUGAAACGGUAGAAAAGCUGAUGUGGCUAACCGGUCAAAUCAGUUCAUUUUUCCUCAAUCGGAGGAGCACUAGCAUGUAAUUGAAGGGAAAAUAAAAGGUUAAAUCCCUAAAUUUUGUAAAUCCCUUCACGAGCUUCAAAAAUCCCCUUCCUUUCUCGACUGGACGGUGAAGGCACAAGGCAGGCACUGAUAAAGAGACCACCUUUUUUUCCGGGACGCUGACAUUUCGGCUGUUAGUCGCGUAAGAAACCUUCCGGCGAAAGAUUUAAUCAGUGGGCGAGUUUCUUAUUAUCUUCACCAUCGGAGUUCUCCUCCUUGUCCUUGUUAGCUGGAACAACACUGUCCAGUCUGUCCUUGCUAAUUGCGCAUUGAGAGACGAAGUUAGGAAUAAUGGCGGGUAUCGCAAUAGUAUUGGAUCUGUUGAAGGAUAAAAACCCCAGCUCUUAUUCGCCUCAGUUCUCUGCCUCCGCCGCCGUAUCAGCUGCUGCCGCCUCAGUCGCUGCUGCGAGCACCCCUUUUGCCUCUCGGUUCUUGUUCGGUUUCCCUGAAUUUCCAGUUGCCUACUGUGAUGCGGGUGCUGCAAUAUCUGAGGACUAUUUAUCCGCCAUCCGAAGUGCCUCUAGCAGCGUCUUUCAGCAUGAUUCGCUGAAGUACACGAACAAGGAAUACUACUUCGAUGUAAAGCCGCUGUUCUCAGCAUUUGAAGCAAAGCAACUGGCCAUGACAUCAGUGAGGUCGUUCUUGCUGUAUUAUUUGCCUCUUCUGGAGCCACGCGUACAUACAGAAGAGGACGAUGAUGACUUCCUGCAGGAUGUUCGAGAUGAGAGACCUGUUGAUUUAGUUGUCCCUUUCAGAAAGUCGGUGAAGCAAAUUGCUCGCGAGACAACUGUGGUGACUACAAGGAGGAUCUUAGAACGUCUUGCUGUCCAUUAUGUCUCGCAACGAAUGGCAUGGAAACUUCUUAAAGAUAUCCCAAAAUCAGCCAUGCGCAAGGCUGAAAGAGGAUUACCUACCACGCUUUACAUCUUCAGAGUCAGUAGAACGACUUUUAGAGGGCACUUUUUAGGAGUUGCUGCAUCAUGGAUUGUGCAAGUUGGUAUUGAAACAUACCGGUUCUUCAAUCGGCUGGCGAAGUCUGAAGAAGAGAUCACUCGGGUUGCAAAAUCAGAACAAGUUAAAAUCCUUGGCAAGAAAGUUACUGGUGUUACUCUCAGGUGUGGUGCUUCGCUAGUUUUUGCUGCCAUAGGAGCUGGGAUCACUGCUGCCAUUGUCCGACCCACAACUGGUCAAUGGAUUGGCUGUGCUAUCGGCGAUCUGGCUGGCCCCAUAAUUGUUACUGUCUUCCUCGAGAAAGCUCUCCAUGUCGAGCUUUAGAUAGUAUAGUAGUCUGAAAUCAGAGACCGUAUCUUGUAGCAAAUUUUGAAUACAUCUGGAUAACUGUCAGUCUGUCAAUUGUGAAUUGUUAGGUCACAUGCUGCUGUUGCUCGGUUACUUACUUACUUUGUAUCCGGCGCGUGCACCAUAAUGCUGCCUGUGUUUUCGAUCUAAAAUUAAUUUCUCUAAAACGCGUUGGAGACUUUGGAGUUAUGACGGGAAUGGGAAAGCAUUGAAUUUUCCCGACACAUUUUUUUUCUCUCGUUUUUUUUGUGUGGAAUCGUUGACGGUUAUUUUUGGAAAGCUUGUUAUAUGAAUUGAUUGACAUCUCAUCUCACAAUCAAAUUGCCCAGAUAUAUCCAAACAAUGAAGAAUUGGAGACGGG